AUGAUAGGAAAUGUUACGGAUUAUAUCGCUGCACAUCUUCAGAUGAAGAAUUUUGUCGUCAAGGUAUCAGCUUGGAUACCUGGCCAGCUUUACGUGGUGGCAGACAGCCCCAGAACCAUUGCAGAUUCACUUACUUCGUCACUCUACCUUGCCAUGAAGCAAUAUGUCCUCAUAUCGGACGAGGAACGUGAAAUAGUCGAGCGUUCUUGUAGCAAGCUUCCCAACCCAGUGUGGGUGAGGAUCAAGCAUGGAAAGUACAAGGGCGACAUAGCCCAAGUCUUUGAUUCUGAUCUACUAAAUGACUUGGUUGCAGUCUUGAUUCCUCCACGAGAUUUCCCAUACCCCAUGCCUCGGGGGUCUCGGUCAUUACUCGACCAAUCCCGCCUUCUGAACGGGGAUGCAGUCUCCAACAUCAAUCGCGGUGAGGAAGUUGUAGGAUGCAAGUACAAAGGAGAGAUAUAUUAUAAGGGCCUCCUGCUUCACAACUUCCAUCGCGAUCGCCUAGAACAUGUUGUCUGCCCUCACGCUAACGACAUACAACUUCAUCUACAAUCCGGGUGGGACCAGUCGUUCCUCAAGAGCACUGUGGUUGCAUUUUCGAUGCAGUUCUUGCACAUAGGUGACUGGGCUAAGAUCGUCAAAGGAGAUCUCAGUUCAGAAAUCAGGAAGGUCGCCUCAACUGACCAUCCUGCUGGUUCUGCCACCUUGGAUCUGAGCUUAGAUGGGCACCGAAAGGAAAUAGAGGUUCGAUUACAGGAUAUCGAGCGCGUGUUUUUGGUCGGCGACAUGGUUCGGGUUGUAGCAGGUCCGUACUUGGGUGUGGAAGGGCACAUUGUUGAGAUGUUGCCAGUGCAGCAACUUUUUAAGCCCCCUCCCAAUAUUGAAUCCAUUCAAAUAGGGGAUGGCAUAGAAGUGCUUGUUGGGGAGCACAUGGGAAAGUAUGGCAUCGUGUGCUGGCUCCCCAAGGGAGGAGACAAUAUAUGGUUCCAGCACGAAACAUUGAAUAUUCCAGUUCCUAUUUCAUGUGUUCAGCGGACACACCUCCCCCACCUCCAGAUGUUACAGUACACAAAAGACAAGGGUUAUGAUGUCAAACCUGGAGAUGUUGUGAGAGUCGCCUGUGGGCCGGAGUAUCAGAUGAAAGGGAUCGUGCAAAGCAUCAACUUUCCACAUGCUCGCUUGACCCUACUCUCUGACAUUGAUUAUUCACUCGUUGACGUUCCCAUCUCAUUUGUGAUAAAAGUAUGCAACGCCAACCCAGAUUCCUUCAAAAAGGAGAUCGGCCAAGAAGUAUUUAUCAUUGGGGGUGACCAUAAGGGCUACCAAGCUACGCUUUACAGUCUCACCUCAGAGAACUGUACCGUUGCUGUGCAUGGGCAGCAGCGCACUACACUUCAACUCCAGAAUGUUGCUACCAGGUACGGAAUGAGAUUAAAUGGUGCAAUGCUCAAAGGAAUAGACAUGUUGUCUUUCUGCAAGAUGCAGAGGAGAUCAUACUUAGCCCCAAAACUUCGAAGUGUCACCCCUCCACCUGAAAAGACCACCUGGACUGCCCGUCCCGAGGAUCAGGCCGGUAAUCCUUUGCCCACUGUCAAUCCCACCUGUUUGGCUGCCAAACCCGACGCCUGGACUGUCGAUGCUGAUGAUGUACUGGAUAGCUUUGAUUCUCGAACGGAAAAACUCAAAGAGGGUCCGUUAGCUUGGCUGAUGAAGAAAGAAUUCUCCUCAAAGUUCACCAUACAUCACGUGAUGUUGAAAGUCUCACCCUCUCUCAUGGGGGCAGGCUACACAAUUGAUUCAUGUCAAUGGCUUGUCCCGAUCCAUUUCUCGGUCUGA